AUGCAGCUCUCCUGGAAGCCAGGAUAUUCUCUCUCCAAUAGGCCCGUGAGAAGGUCAGCAGCCCGUAGGAUCAAUAGGGGUCGGUUGGGAAACGCAGAUGGACCUCAGCAAUUUGUGUUCGUUGCAGAACAUCCUAUGAGAGACCUCAACGUUUCCGAGGAAGCCAGCCUUUCCGUAGAGACGCCAUUCGAGGUCUCGGGUGAUGCAUCGCCAACUAGUGCUGCUGAUUCUCCCGGCCCCGAGACCGAUCCUAGGACAGCUGAAUUACAACCGCAUGGCGAUAACAGCGAAGACCAAGGCCAAUCCCCGUGUUCAUCUACACCGACAGACGACGGACAGCUACAAUUAGCUGACCGAGACGCCUUCUAUGACUGGUCGAGUCAAGUCGCUACUACUAUAGAGUCAAGUCCCAUGGCAGCUUCAGACCUCCCCAACACUACUACAUCUAUGCCACCGAGCGUACUGUACAAUAACAUCUGGCAGCAGUUUGGGCCUAUCCUUGAGAGAUACAAUAUGGAAUUCUGCACGAUCCCAUUAACGUUCGACUUACAGAUGAAUCCGUUUCGAUAUCGCAAAACCAACGUUCCGGAGCCUAUGUUUCUGGUCCAUGCGGUGAUGGCUUUAGCGGGUCAUCAUGUUAAGAGCCCAUCAACCGAUGACCAUCACUAUACAGCAUUGAAACUCCUCCGCGAGAGCAUCAACGCAUCCGGUAAUGUGGAAGAUGGCUGCUCUAUGCUUGAUGCGAUUAUGAUCUUAUUUUCCUUCGACGAAACUCAAUCCACCCUCGGAUACUGGAGUACACAUCUCAAGGGAGCCUAUGGCCUCAUCGAAGCGUGCGGGGGAAUCGAAGCAUGGACUACGUCCGCUCGGGCAGACGCUCAAAUAGGAUUGCUGUUGUGGUAUUUAACCCCCUUAACCCCCUUCUCUUCCCCCCAACCAAACAUUUUACGCAAAAUCAGCCGGGUCCUUCCAGCUAAACUAUUUAGGUGGGAUGCCAUCACCAGUCUCUUAUCCCGGGAAAAUUGCGUGUUCCCGUACGCAUACGUCGAAGCCAUCCUAUCGAACCCCGAUGAUCGGAAGUGGAAUUUCUUUGACCUCUGCGGGUGCCCGCACAGCGUGGUCACGCUCCUCAUGCAAGUUGUGCGUCUGAGUGCCGAAAAACGCCAAUCGUCGUCCAUGCGGUACGUGACCUUCGACACCACGAUGGUUGCCCAAAUCGAGCAAGCGCUCGAGUCCUGGCAUCACAUCUCCCCUGCCGCACUUGCCUUCGGUAGCGAAGAGGACAUCCAAAAAGACCAAGAUUGCAUGCACUGCUCGGAGGCAUGGAGACACGGCCUGCUUCUCUACAUUUACCGCGUAUUCCGAUGGAAGCCGGGAAGUCCUAUUCCAACGCAUGUUGUCCGUUGGGCCCGGGUUGUUGUGGACCAUGUGGUAGCGUGUCGCGACGAGAGCAUGGUCGCCCGGCAGGCGUUACUGCCGCUCUUCUUCGCGGGCUGCGAACAACGCGAUCGAUCGAUACGGCAGAAGAUCGUGCAGUUCUGCUCGGUGUGGAAUGACCGGACGCGGUAUCAAAUGUUUGGGAGUACCAUUCCGUUGCUUGAAGAAGUAUGGGCGGAGCAGGAGGCGAAGGGAUUUGAGAACGUGUGGUGGGGUCACGUCGUGGAUCGAAAACACACCGUGUCUUGUUAUCCGUUGCAAAUGCGGCUUUGCUUUGGAUGA